GACUUAAUGAAAUUGCUGAGAAAUUUUAUUUUUUUUUCUUUGAUAUCUAAUAUAACCAAAUAAAUCAAGUUUUUAAGUAAAAAUAAUAAAAUAUUUAAUUUGGUAAUUUAAUAAUUCUUUAUUUUAGAAUUUAAUCACUUAGAUUUCAAUACUUCUAGUAGUUUAAACUUAUUUGUUAAAUUCCAGUAUUUUAUGACAUAGUUCAGUUUAUAAAAAAAAACAUCUAUGAUGGACACCUGUAGACUCUGUGCAACAUCCAGAAAUCUCAAAGAUUUAUCAAAAAUUAAUGACAAGAAACUUGAAAUCCAAAAGAAACUACAAGAAACUUUCAAAUUUGAGUUAACUUCCAAUCAUGAUUUGUCAAAUAACUUUUGUUGUCGAAUUUGCAUUAAAAAGUUAAACAAUUCGCAUUCAUUUUACCAACAAAUUGUUGAAAAUCAAAAGAAAUUUGAGUCAGCUAAUUUUGAGAUCAAUACAGUUAUGGUUAAAGUUGAGAAAUUCGAUGAUAAAAGUUUAAAUAUUUGCGGAGAUAUUAAGGUCGAAAAAGAGGAGAAUAUUGAGGAGGACUUUGGAGAUUCUUAUGAUGCUGGAACAUUUAAUGAUGAUUUUUCAAAUGAUUUUAAGGAGGACGAUGAAAAUGAUGAUGAAGAGUCUGAAUUUAUGGUAGCUGUUGAGGAAAGGAAUCAAAGCUCGUUGAAAAUGUCUUCAGCCACUCAACUUAUCAACUUGAAUUAUUUGUAUAAUGAGUUUGAGUUAUCACAAGUAAACUCAGCAUUAAGUGAAAUGGGAUUUAAUUGCUUAAAACUAUUAUUUGAAGACCAAAAAGUGGAUUUUGAAGUCUUUAAGGUCCUCAAUCAAGCAGAUAUUUAUGAAAUUUUAAAAGAUUAUCCACUCGGAAUCAAAAAGAAAGUAUGUCAAAGCUAUGAAGUAUGGCAAAAGAAUUACUUAACUGAGGACAAUCAUCCUGAAUCCAGAGUCAUUGCUCAAAGUGAUUUCGCCUCAGAAGCUUCUCAAAAUACACAGUCAUCGUCAAAAGAAGGACCUGAAACUUUGACCAUAGAGUACAUCAUCAACUGCACAGAAGCUGGAAUCUCAUUCAAAAAACAUUGCAACAGUCAAUCAAGUCUCCUGAAAAAGGAAAAAAGAAAGCUGAUUGAAAUUAUCGUCAACUAUUUUAUCACACGCAAGACAAAAUUGACAAAACCAGAUUUUAAAAGAUUAGCAGAUGAAAUUAGGAAUCUAUUCCCGCAGGAACUAAGCGAGACAUACUUUUGUGAUGAUGUUAAGCCAUCUGGAAUGUUGUACUCAAAAUAUCACAACACAUUGAGAACGUUCAGGAAGAAUGAUCAAAUGGAAUGUAUGACAAAAAAGAGGAAACUAGAACAGGAAGUGUCAAAUGAAGAUGAAAAGGAAGAAGUGACAUUCAGUCAAGAGGAAAUUUAUUCAGAAGAUUAUGUGAGGACCAAUCCAAAUGGGAAAUUUGAUAAGUUGAAUCUACAUUGGAAAAUAAGUUCAAAAUACAGGAAGCAUAAAAUUAUUGGAAUGGAAUCAAACUUGUCAGAGAUAUUGAGUGAAUAUAGUGCUUAUACUAGGACUGAUGGAUACAUGCUGCUCAACACCGACUUCCAGCUUUGUCACUCAACCAAUAAUUUUAAAGAAAAAUGGCAAUUCAUGGCACCAAUGCUGCUCGAAAUUUUAUUAGCAAACAUAUCAAAUCAAUUUGUAAAAUCAAAGCUUACUCAAUACAGAGAUUUAUCAGAAACAGCAAAAGUUGUUGCUUUGCUUCUUGGACUGCAUGUGUUCCUUUAUGAAAGUGGAAAAUGGCGACCGUCAAUAUUAGAGUCAUUUAGAUUCAUGGUCCUACUUGUGAAGAAUGAAAGUUGUCAAGAAUCUGAGAUGAAUGAAUGGAAACAGAAGCUUAAAGACUCAAAUUACAACUUCCUACCAACAAUCAUAGCUUAUGGAGUUAAUUUUGAGAAUUUUAAAGAUAAAUUUUUAGUCUGCUUCGAUGGAAAUUUCUAUCAAUUUAAUAAUAUUUAUAAGGCACUUGAAGUUUUAUUGAAUAUGUUUGUGUACUUUAAUCUCACUUUACCUCCUCCGAAUAGGAAUGUUUUUAAGUUCUUGAUGGCUAAAAUUUAUGACAGCUCGGAAGAUUUAAAUGCUAGUAUCCCGCAAAAAUCGCUUAAGCGAACAUCAACCAAAAAGAAAUCUACAAAACCAAAACUCAGAAAAUCCACAAAAACCAGCACAAAAUCAAAAAAGACAUCAACCGCAUCAAAAUCAUCCAUCAAGCAAGAAGAUAAACCACAUUCGGUUACAAAAGAAGAUUUUCUUGAUUUGAUCUACAAAAAUGAAAAUAACAACAAAUUUUCCGACAAUUUUCUGCAACUUAACAUUGAUUCUAAUGAAAUGCUGAGCAAUGGUCGGAUAGUACUGGAAGCUGAGUCAAAAUACUCAGCACUAAGAUGGACAAAUUAUCAAUGGAAGUGUACAGAAAAUGAUGGAAAAUGUGUUGAAAAUUUCGAAAAUAUUGUAGACCUUAACUUACAUUUGAAGACAGUCCACAAAUCAAGAUACAAAAACUUUUGCAAUCAAUGUGGAAUCACCUGCUCAAACUUCCCAAGUUUUGUGACUCACACAAUUAAAUAUCACAACACAAAUGCUAGAUUCAGCUGCAUAAUAUGCUCAACAAUCUUCUGGAACUUAAAUGACUUAUUCAAGCACUACAAAGCUGAUCAUACUCAAAGGAUCUUAAUGUGCCUCUACUGUGGCUUACAUUUCAAUACAACUCAUGUCCUCAAGACUCAUUUGAUCCAAAAUCAUCAUCAUAUUGAUAAUCGGGAUGUUCACAUCUGUGAUAUUUGUAAUUUGAGCACUAAAACUAAGAAUAACAUGAUUGCACACAUGAAGAGCCACACAACAUCAACAAGACUAAUAUGUGAACAAUGUGGUGCAAUUUUUAAUAGACGUGCAGUUCUUGAGUCACAUGUCAAUCACAUCCAUAAAGACAAAGAUGUUCUUGCUAAAUGUCACUGCGGUAAAUCCUUUAAAAAUUUUGAAAGAUUAAGGAAACACAAGAAAGUUGUUCAUGAAAAACACAUGAUUCCUCACAACUUUGAAUGCUCAUUUUGCAGCAAGAAGUUUAGAACCAAUUAUCAGCUCAAAUGCCAUCUAUAUUCUCAUGAUCAGAACUCAUCUAGAUAUCAAUGUCCUCAUUGUGAUAAGGCAUUCAGGUACACUAGUGGUUUUCAGUAUCAUGUCAGAUCAGCUCAUACGAUGGAGAAGCCUUACGGAUGUCCAUGUUGUGAAUUGACUUUCUUUGACUAUGCAAAUGCAACAAAGCAUGUUAAGGGAAGUCAUGGUGGGGAUUUCAAACCUGUGAGGCUGUCCAGUUGA